AUGAAGACAAGACCAGGCAACCUCAGGGUGAAGUUACCAGUGUUUGUGUUUGUUCUGCAGGUGAUUAUUGUUGCCCUGUAUGUUGCUUUUGUCACCUACGAUGAGCAUGCAGAUGCCAGAUUUCAGACCAACAGGACCAACCCAAUGGACAAUGCUGUGUACAGGGACUACCCUUUUUUUACCGACAUCCAGGUCAUGAUAUUCCUCGGUUUUGGUUGCCUGCUAGCGUUUUUCCGCUUGUAUGGGUUUGGAGGGAUGGUUUUUAACUUUCUCACGGCCACUUUUGCCAUUCAGUGGGCCAUUUUGGUGCAGGGAUACUUCCAAUUCAGCCAUGAAGGUAAGAUCCACCUUGGAGUGGUCAACCUCAUAAAUGCAGAGUUUGCCUGUGCCGUGGUGCUGAUAUCUUUUGGGGCGGUCCUGGGGAAGACCAGUCCGCUGCAGCUGCUGGUCAUGGCUCUUCUGGAGGUGCCGGUGUUUGCGGUGACAGAGUGGGCUGUACUCAAAUAUCUGAAAAUCAAUGAUGCAGGAGGAUCUAUCCUCAUUCAUCUCUUUGCCUGUUAUUUUGGUCUUGGUGUCACUUUUGUUCUGUACAGGCCAUCUCUAAAUGAAGGCCAUGCAAAGGAGAACACCAGCUACCAGUCAGACAUUCUGGCCUUGAUGGGGACCUUGUUCCUCUGGGUGUUUUGGCCUUCCUUUAACUCUGCAUUAACCCUGAAAGGAGAUGACCAACAUAGAGCCAUCCUGCACACCUUCAUCGGCCUCAGCGCCUCCACGCUCACCGCCUUUGCUCUCUCUGCCAUGCUGAACAAAAACGGUAAGCUCACUCUGGCAGAUAUUCAGAACGUGACCCUGGCUGGAGGCGUGACGGUAGGAGCGUCUGUUGACAUGAUGAUAACACCUGCAGCUGCGUACGCACUGGGAAUGAUGGGCUGCACUGCUUGCAUGCUGGGAUACAAGUACCUGAGCCCCUUCCUGGCCCAGCACUGCAGGAUCCAGGACCAGUGUGGGAUACAUAAUCUGCACGGACUGACAGGACUGAUAUCAUGUGCUGCAGGGAUAUGCGCCAUACUAAUGGCCAGUGAGGACGUUUAUGGCCCCAGUUUCUAUGAGAUCUUUGCCCACAGGGCACCGGUGGAUGGAGACCCAAAGCUGCAGGAGCUCCAGAUGCUGAUUCCUGGUUUAAAACCAGGACUGGGCAGGACUGCUCGAGAACAGGCUCUCUUUCAGGUUGCAGCUGUGUUGUCCACAAUUGGAGUAUCAGCUCUUGGGGGGAUCCUCACAGGCUUUGUCUUGAAGCUGCCUUACCUUGCACCUCCAUCUGAUGAAAUGUGUUUUGAUGAUGACCUAUUUAUUGAAGUCCCUCCAGACUAUGAUUCACCCCUGGGACUUAAAAGCACAGUCACAACAGAUGAUUGA